GGAGGAGGAGGCGGGUAGGGAGAGAAAAGGAGAGAAGAGAGACGAGAGACGCGCCGCAAGUUGGCUCUCCUCCCUCGCUCCCUGGCCGCGCCGCUGCCCGGCCCCUGCGGGCUGCGCUCCGCGGGAGGCGGCAUCCAGGGACGCACCGCUCCGCGGGGCCGGCGCCUCCCGGAGGAGUCAUUUGUCAAUACUGUAUCUCGUUUGAACAUCAAACCCUACAGAGACUACAAGCCCAGAAGCUUUGGCUUCCUCACUGGGAGAGCCUGUAUGAAGACCUGUGUGGAUGAUGUUAUAAGGCAAGGAAUACGCCUUAGAAACAGAAGGUGCAUGCAGCACAGAUGUCAGUCUUCAAGGAGUAACUUCUUCAACCCCAAGUGAUACCAGCUCCUGCUAGUACCAUGGGGCUAGGAGGUGUUUUUUUAGGCACUGGACAGAUCCACGUAAUCCUGUGGGGAAGUUUGGCAGCCAUGACGACACUCUUGUUCCUCACCUUCCUCAUCUUCCUUUGCUCCAGCUGCAAUGGGGAAAAGAAGGCCAAAAAUCAGAAUGGAGAUCAUGAAAAUCUAAUGAAUGUGCCUUCCGAGAAGGAGGUGUUCAGCCAUUCCAUCACCAGCUCUGUUACGGAGCCUCCCCUGAACAGUGAACAGAACGGGGCCCUCAGCAACGGUGAGGUUCUUUCUGAAGACAGUACAGCUGCCUGUAUCCAGCCUUAUGACGAAGUACAGACAUCUGAUCUACUAGAUCAACAGGAUAGUCUUGGAAAGUCUAUAAAAUGUCACCAGAGCCGGGAACUACCCAGUAUUCCCCCUAACAACCCCAUGGAAACUAUAAUCUCAUCUAGAAAUGCAGAAAAUGAUCAAGGUCUUGGAAUGGAAGGGCCUUAUGAAGUCUUGAAAGACAGCUCCUCUCAGGAGAACAUAGUUGAAGACUGCUUGUAUGAAACUGUGAAGGAAAUUAAAGAUGUUGGAGCAGUAGUCAGCAUGGAAGGGAACUCUAACAGCAAAUCAAAGGCUUCACUGACAGUUUCUGAAGGUCAGAAUCAGAUUCCUGAGAACAGAAUUGAGUCAGCAGAAUAUGCAUCUGUUGACCGAAAUAAGAAGAGUCGCCAGAGUGCAAAUUCAGAAAGUCCUCUUGACAACAUACCAGAUGUAGAGGAUGAGCUUCCCCCUCCAGUACCCAUGAAACUUCUUGAUGAAAAUGAAAAUGUGCAAGAAAAAGAAGUCGAAGAAGUGACAGAAGGAGCAAGUAAACCAGAAAAGAGGCUUAGUUCAGUGUCUUACAAGUCUCGAGAGGAAGAUCCAUCUCUUACAGAAGAUGAGAUCUCUGCCAUGUACUCAUCGGUGAGUAAGCCGGGACAGGCCAUCAAGGCACUGGAUUCUCCUUACACCUGCAUUCAAGAAAUUGCAUCUCAGAGGUCCCCAUCUGUUUGCAGUGGCCUCUAUGCAAGUGUGAAGGACUUUGAAAACACCCUAAAUUCUACCACUGUGCCUCAGUCAGUGGACAGACCAAACGGAGAGCUGGAGCCGGACUAUGAAGCUAUCCAGUCAGUGAGCCAAGAGGAAGACAGGACCUUGUCCGUGCCUAACAUAAACCACACUGCUCCUUCAGGAGAGAACGACUACGAGAGCAUAGGGGACUUGCAGCACCACAGGGAAUUCACCAGACUUUAACCACUCUGGCAGCAGAUUUCCCCGCUGUUAUUUUCAAAAGACAAGUGAAAUGUGGAGAGGGAAGUGCUUUUCCUGUGGAACACAAGUUGUGAAGAAGCAAUGUACGUUUCAGCCAGGGUGUGAUACCUGCUGGUUUUUCUGGGUGGUGGAUCAAGGCUCAUGGGAAGGGGUACAUCAGGUCAGAAAGAUGACCAGGACAAUGUAAAGGUUUCUUUAUUAUUAUUAUUAGCUCCAAGGCAAACGUAAUUUGGGAAGGAGUGUCAUGCUUGUUGUCCUGGUAGGAUUAUGUACCAAAAAGACUACCUUUACACAAAACUAGCUUCUCAUUUUAAGAGAUUAUUUUAUGUAAUUUUCUUCAAAAUGUUUUUCAAGCAUAAUUUUUCAUUCAAGUUUUGGCAUCCACAAUGUUGAGCAAACCACAGAAAAUUGUACCUCAACUCAGACUUACUUUGCAGGGCUGGGGAAGAUGCACUCACUUCUGUGUCUUUACAUUCACUGCAACUAAAGUGCAAACAACAGUAGUUCACAAGGGACUGACUCCAAAUGCACUUGAAUUAAUUCUGCUGGCUUUUUCUUUUUUCUUUUCUUUUUUUUUUAAUGUCAAGGGCUGUGGAAUGUGACUUGCAGUAUUUGAGAUGUGUACUGGUACUUGUAGGGGUUUUGUUUGAUUAUUUAUGAAAUCCCCCUUUAAAAUGGCAGUGGUCACCCUUAGCAUUCUUGCACUAUUUCCUUCAAAUGGACAUAAAUACCUACAUACACACACCCAAGAUCAUUGUCAUGUUGCAAAAAUUGUGCAAAUGAAUGCAUUGGCAUAAUGUGUAGUCUAACCUUAGUAGUGUUGAGUACUUUUUUUUGCAGAAUUUUGCCCUUUUUAAAGACAUAAAUAUUUUAAUAUUUGUCUAGUUUCUUAUAUAGGAAAAAUUAUGUACUGUAUUGAAUGAGUAAUACUUUUAUUUUUUACAACAUGUUUUUCAUCACAGGUUUUGUAGAUUAACUUACUGGGGUAUGUAAUAGGAGGAAUCCCCUUCUUUAUUUGGGCUUUAUUUGGUUCUGGUUGGUUUUUUUCCUUUUUUUCCUAGUUCAAAAGUAGAUAAAUGAAAAUUGCUUUGGGGUUGUUUUGUUGGCUUUUUCUGCCUCCUUGAGCAGGGAAAUGGAUCAUGGCUUGCUGUUUUUAAGCUAAAACCAUGGAGUCUAUGUAAAAGAACACUGCCAAAGGGCAAAAAAGAGGCAAGAGACAGUGGGAUUUAGUCAGGCAUAGCCACUGGUCCUCUUUGUUCUUCUGCUAAAAGGAACAGGAGAGCAGCCAAGACCUACUUGGGCCUCUGACAAACAGUUUGAAAGCCACUGGCUUUUCAAAAAUGUCACAUUAUUCUGUUACUGUGAAAAACAAAGUACAGUGCUUGGAUGAAAUAAGCAGGCACUGGAUUGGUACCUUUUUCCUUCAAGAAUAAUGCAGUAAAUAGUACAAUGGUACAAGAAUAGUCCAACAGUAAAGAACUAGCAUUGUGUGACAUGCAUGUGCACAUAUCCCAAUGUAUAUAAGCAUACACUUGUAAUUUGGACACAAGUAUAAGUUAUAGUGCAAGCUUGGCAACAUUCACAUACGUAAUAUCUGGCAUGUGCUUGAAGAGCAGUUUAUUUUUAAUUCAAAAUAAACAGUACAUAAACUGAGGUUGUCUUAUUCUGUAGUAAACAGAACAGGUUUACUUUUAGCUCAAUUGGUACUGGGUUUUGAAGGUUGAGCCCUUCUUGGAUCCUUGGUCAGCUCUCAACAUGACUUGGUACUAUAAAGAGCAAACAUAGAUCUGGUUACACACAUUUAUUAGAAAUAGCUUCAUAACUGAGAGAAGUGUGCUGAUUUACAGGCUUUGCCUGCAAGUAGUACAGCCUGAGGAGCAAUGCAAUCGUGCAGUCAACCUCUGCCCACAGGGGUGUUCAAACUUUGUGGAUCCUGACCUUGUGCAACACUGCAGCACACUUGAUCUACGACUGUCUUCCUUGGAGGAGAAGCAGUUCAGACCAUUCUACGUCCAUCCUGUUCUUGACCAUGCUGCCAUGUUUUGACAGCUGCAGCAAACCCUUUGCUUCCACUUCAGUGCUUUUUAAGGAUGACUGUGGUUCUGCUUUCUGGAGUUUUUCCCUUUAUAAAAAUACUUGUUUCUGUUUCCUUGAAUGUUCUGUUCACCUUUGAAUGUUCUCUCAUUCUACUUCACACCGUUUAAGGCCAAAGAUAAGAUGCACCAUAUUUCAGAUUUGUUAUGCUAAGUCUGGAGAAUUUCUUUAGUCUUUAACUAUGUGUUUGCUGUCUGUUCCUUGCUCAGGGGUACCAGUUUAUAUAUGUAGUCCUCAGUCUGACUCCUGCAGCUUAGUGGCAGGCAUACCUCAACUCCUGAAAUUCCCAAAUACAUCUCAAGAUGUAGUUAUCCCUUUACAUGGAUGACUGCUUUUGGAGAAACAGUAGGAACACAAGGUUUGUCAGGCUUACUAGAUUCAAUUUCAAGACCAAUUCAAAGAUAUCUUAAGACAAUGCCAGUUGAUAGCAAAGAAUAGCACUGAAUUCUUGAUUGUAAAUUUUAAGGUGCAAAAGAAGAAAAUCAAACAUCACUCAAGAAAUACCCCCAUUGAGACCAGCAGGUCACAGGAUGGCGGAGGACUGUCCAGUCAUUCUGUUGUCUUUCUUAACCAGAUCAAAAAUGUUGCUUUGUAGGAAGAAACACAAGUCCUUCUGUUCUUUCUUCUGUUCUGACAACUGCUCCUAGGACCUCCGAGACUUCCCUUUUACACAAUGAAAGAAAAAUUUUCCUCCCCCUCUCCUUUUUCUUUGGUUUCUGUUUUUACCCUGUCUCAUACAGCCUUGCACUGGGAGCUGGUACCAUGUCUGCACACCUGUGGCAGUGGCACAUUCUUUCUUGUUUAAAUGACUUUCAGACUGGUCACAACCUUUUAAUGGUCCAUCAGACCUCAGUCUCAUGGAGAAGUUCACAUUUUGGAUUGCUGCUUUUGGGAUGUGUGCCUGCCCUCAGCCUUGAGAUCCACACACACUGGACUUAAAAGCUGCAAAAAAGAAUUACCCUCCUGAACAAGGAUGUAUGGGGGAGUCCAUAACUCCCCUGCAAUCUCCAUCAUGUAGUCUAAUGCUAAAGGAAAAUGUUUUAGAAUUCAGUCCAAGUUUGGUAAGUGACUAUUUACAUUUCUUGACAAAGAAUCAAGGUUCUGGUUUAGUUCCCUCUUCCCAGAAGUAACACCUCUUCCCUUAUGGCUGUUGUCAAUACUUUCUUUUCAUUAAUAUAUUUGAUAGAAAGAUUUUUUCCAGCAGUAAUCCCCAAAGAGAUUAAUCUGACUGUAAAGAAAAUGGAGUCUCUUCUACUUGUCUCUUUACUGCUCUUUUUAACUCUUUCACCAUAUCCCUAAAUAAAUGUCAACAUCCAAAAUAAA